AUGGAGUACCCACUGCCAUCGCUUUGGGGGCCUGAUCCCAUUCCGUUGUCACAGAGAUUUUCCAAGAUUAAGAAGAGCUUGAUUGCGGGCCGUGAAGCGGAACUUGAAGCAUCGUGGGCUCGACUUAUCCUUGCGCUGCGUGUGGAGGUAGAGCAUAUUGAGUGCCUGGGCGCCCACCUCAUCCCGUCGGUUGAGUUUGCUGACUUGAAGGACCCCGCGCAAACAUCUCGUUUUGGUCGCGACCUGCGCCGCUACGGUGUCGGCGUUGUUCGCAAAGUUAUUCCUCGCCCGGAGGUUGAUUCCGCGGUUCGGGACACUGUCCGGUAUUUAGAUGGCAGAAGGAAGAGAUAUGGCACUGGGCAGCCCGAACCAGAAUCUGUCAAUGGCAACCAAGAACCAAAGCCACCGCUUCUGCCUCAUUUCCAGGCGCCUAAGCAGGAUCCAACAUGCUUUGACUGCUUCUGGACACCGGCACAGGUACGAUGCCGGGCUCACCCAAACGUUCUUCGUGUGCAAAAGUUCAUGAUGGGCCUGUGGGAAGCACAGCCGGAUGGACGCGUGGAAACCCGGUUCCCCAUUACCUACGUUGAUCGACUGCGAGUGCAUGGUGGUGGCUUUGGUGCUGAUACUAGCGACAUUGGAUCCCUAAAGAUGUCUGAUACAACUUCAUUCAACCCAGAAUCAAAUUUCGCUUGGCCACGUUCGCAAUCACCCCCCCGAGAGCCGCAACAGCAACUACAGUCACGGCUUCUCGCCUCACAGGCCGCAGAUGAUUGGAUAACAGCCCUGCAAUCAGCUGCAGGAAUAAUUUCUCAAGUUGAUAAUGGAUCACUAGAAAGAUGGGAACCAGACGGCUACGGUCGCAGCCAAACAUAUCAUCAAGUGUUUCAUGGCAAGUGGGAGGAGUAUGAUCCUUGGGAAUGUACAGGACGCGCAUCCUCAACCAUGGAUUUAUAUAACGGUUAUGGUGCUUGCACCAUAUUCAGGAUGUUCCAAGGCCUCCUAGCGCUCUCUACAAUCGAGCCGGGCAUGCUGAGGCUUUUGCCAUCACCCAAACUUGCAACCGCUUAUUACCUCCUCAGACCCUUCUUCGGCCCAAAGAAUCCGGCGCCAGAUAGACCAUCCGGAGCAGAAUGGGACGCUUAUCUUGAUGCUAGCAACUGGGAACUUCAACAUGAUCCGGACACAACUAUCCACGGUGCUGUACCCGGCCAUGCGCAGCGGCUUACCGAGCGGUGGCACCCACACCUUCAUCUACGAAGAGUCUUAGUCACUCUACCAACUUUACAGCCAGGCGACUACAUACUCUGGCACCCUGACCUUCCGUAUCAUAUAUCUAGUGAUAGUUGCCACGGACUCCACACUCCUAGCACUCCUGGGGCAGAUGACAUUAGUAUGUUGGUAUAUAUCCCUGCAGCCCCUCUCACCCAAACGAAUGCUUUGUAUCUUGCACGCCAACGAAAAGCAUUCCGGCGUGGACAACCAGGCCCUGACUUCGACUCUUCUGGGCGAGGCACUGUGGCUGAAGACAUCAAUGUUAUGCCGAGUGAGAAGGAAAUUGCAGAAUUAGGCGGUGCACCGGCACUACGAGCCAUGGGACUCCAGCCCUGGGAACCAGACGAUGAAGAUGUCUUUGUACCAUCUGAGCAAAUAGAGGAUUCAAAUAUCGAAACACCUACAGCGAAUGAAGUAGUCAGAAUUGCCAAUCUCAUCCUCUUCCCAGAUUGA